AUGGAGCAGGAAUUCAUAGAGAAGUUGCAUAAAUUCCAAUUGUCGAACAAAGAGAAAAUGGGUGUUACGCUCGACCAGCAAGAUGUGGAAACAGGCAUUCAAGAAUGCGAAUUAAGCUUGAUAGGGAAGAUAAUUGAGGAGAAAAAAGUAAAUCUGGGACGACAUGCAAAGGAUUCUAAAAGGGAAGAAUGGUUGUUUGACGGACAGUACUUGCUGCUGAAGGAGUGGAUUUCAGCUGAAGCAGGGAUGAAAGUGGGAAGAAUAUUUGGGAAAGUGAUUGAUGUUGUGGUUCCGGUGGUGGGAAAUGUCAAUGGGAGAAUUGUUAGGAUUUUGGUGGAGGUGUCAGUAACAGAUCCAUUGCCAAGGAGAACUACGAUCAAGUUGGGUGCUGAGGAAAGGUGGAUCGACUUUAAGUAUGAAAACUUACUUACCUUCUGUUUUUACUGUGGAGUCAUUGGACACAAUGAUAGAGCAUGUGAAACUAAAAGGGAUAAACCAGUGUCUGAUGCUAGUAUUGAGAGAGAGGAGAGUGGGGGAGUAGGUAUUGGUAGGAGUGGUCAACUGUCGAAUGUAGUUUUGUCACAGGAUCAUGGUGAUCCUUUAGAUAAACCGUAG